AUUUCUUUGUUGUUCUCUGUUUUUUUUGCUCUGUUUCUGUAUUGCGUCUCUGUCUUCCAACACAAAUAGCAAUGGCAGAGACGCAAUUGAAAGCAGAAUCAUCUGGUUCAGCUGCACCUCCGGCUGUAGUUGAGGUACCAUCAUCUAAUGUGGCUGUAGCUGAGCCUGAGAAGACACCAGUUCCAGCAAAUAAAUUAAGCUCAAGAGGAGGAUCCUAUGAUAGGGAUAUUGCUCUAGCAGAAGUUGCCAAAGAGAAAAAGUUAUCUUAUGUGAAGGCAUGGGAAAAAAGUGAAAAAACCAAAGCAGAUAACAAAGCUCAGAAGCACAUCUCUUCCAUUGCUGCUUGGGAAAACAGCAAGAAGGCAGCUCUUGAAGCUGAGCUUAAAAAAAUUGAGGAACAACUAGAGAAAAAGAAAGCACGAUAUGGUGAAAUAAUGAAAAACAAGAUAGCUUUAGUUGAGAAGGAAGCAGAGGAGAAGAGAGCAGUAAUUGAAGCUAAACGAGGUGAAGAGGUUCUCAAGGUAGAGGAAAUGGCUGCAAAAUACCGUGCAACAGGAACCACUCCAAAGAAAACCAUUGGAUGUUUUUGAUUAUUUUGCUUUUUCCAAAAUAAUUUUUUAGUUGCACAUUAUUUUGUAUAUAUAUUUCUUUGACCUCAAUAUGUUUGUGUGCAAAAGCCACAACAAAAUUGUGCAAAGAAUAAAUUACAAAGUUUUGUUAAUGCCUCUUGUAGAUCAUUGGCAUAUAAAUUAGAUGGUUAAUGCAAUUUAAA